UGUUCCACGAGAGCUAUACAGGCCUCCUACUUUUUACACUUUUGUACCCACUCCAGUCGUCAUGUUCAAGCUGCUCGUACUUUUGUCCCUGGCGGUGUACGCCUCGGCCGGUGGCCUGUACUCCGGCUUGGGAAGCUACGGGUACUACGGCAGCCCGUACAGCAGCGCGUACAGCUACGGAGGCUACGCCGGCGGCUACGGUGGCUACGGACACGGCGGCAGCGUCGUCAGUCUCGCGCCCUCGGUCGGCUACUCGCCCUACGCCAGCAGCUACGCCAGCGUCAUCAAGUACCCGUCGUACUACACGAGCGGACUCUACCCCGGGGCCAAGAAGAUCAUCUACGCCAAUCCGCUGAACAAGCUCGGCUACUACUCGCCCACCUACCUCGGGGGCUACCCGGCGUCGUACUCGCCCUACUACGGCUACGGCCACGGCUACGGCGGCUACUACGACAACGGGCUAGGACUCGGCGGCUACAACGGCUACCUCGGCGGCCUCUCCGCUUACGGCCACAACGUUUACAACCACUACUAGGAGCCCGUGCGCACAGCCGGAGGUGCAGCGACCCGAGCCAAAAAUCCGACACGCGACGACGCUUGCGGACCGAAGGGAAUUUAUCAGUAUUUCACGAAAGAUUGACCCCCAUGUGUAUUUUGUAUUUACCGAUGUGUUCUCGAUCUCGUUGGAGCGAGUUUCGCCGAAAUUCCUCCCAACGAGACCUAAUCACGCGUGUACACCCAGGGAGAACGAAAACCUCAAUAAAAUUGUAUUUUUACUACCGAUUGUA